AUGUUUUCAAGAUUGAUGACAUGGAGUUACAUUACAUCGGUUGUUACCCAAUUGAAAUGGGCAUGGGAUCUCUUGAUUCACCUAUGUUUCUUCAACCACUGCAUGCAACUUGAAGUGCCUGUAAUCGGUCAAGAGCUUGGUAUAAGCAGAUUUCACCAGAACAAGGGAUGUGGGGAUACAGUAGAUUGUGCAGUAUGUUUGUCGACCAUUGAAGAAGAUGACGAGAUUAGAGUAUUGAGAUGUGAUCAUCUCUUUCACAAGGGUUGUUUGGACCGAUGUGUUGAAUAUCGACACACUACAUGCCCCCUCUGCCGUGAUGUUCUUGCAGGACCUCGAAUGGUUUGUGAGCUCGGCCGGGAACUGCUCAGUUUCAGUUUCUGUUCAACGAGUGGGUCAAGUGAUGAUGAUUGUGAUAGAUGGUGGAUCCGGUAA